GUAAGAGAGAGAGAGAAAGAGACUGGCUUUUUUUUCUUUCUGCUCUUUCCCUAUUCCCUCUCUCUUCAGGCAAGCAGAGCGGAGCAGGACUGAGUGAGAGGAGGACAGAGACGCAGACGUGUGCAGACCAGAGCACAGCAACUCCACAAAGACAAGAGAGGAGAAGAGUUUGCAAGGAGAAAAUUAAGAGAAAGAAAGCAGUUUUUUUUACAUCAGCAAACUGUGGUGGAUAUCAAACCUACAUCAAAAGAAAUCUAGAAGAACUAAAAGGAUUUGCCUUGCUUCACAGAUAAGAGGACAAUAUUAGCAUUUGUUACAGUUUUUUUCUAUUUAUAUUCACCACAUAUAUAAAAAUUAUUUUAGAGGAGUAUUCGUGAGGUGUAGCAGGACUCUUGGUUUUUUUGUAGUGAAGCAGAGAGAGGAAGGUGGACAGAGAGAAGUAGGGGUUUGCUGAAGAAGAGCGGGCUGUAGUGGUGGUGAACAUGCCCGUUAGAGGUAGCUGUUCUGGGGCAGGCAUGGGCAGGCUGGCCAGGCAGCCGCUCUGGAUGUGGGUGGUGAUGCUCUCUGCCCUGCUCAUGGGCAAUGCCAGUGCCUGCCCAGCCCUGUGUACCUGCAGCGGCACCACAGUGGACUGCCAUGGUCUGGGUCUCAAAACCAUGCCAAGGAAUAUCCCCCGCAAUACUGAAAGACUGGAGCUGAAUGGGAAUAACCUCACACGCAUCACCAAGAGUGACUUUGCUGGACUCAAGUACCUCAGAGUUCUGCAACUGAUGGAGAAUCAGAUUACUGUGAUAGAGCGCGGGGCUUUUGAUGACAUGAAGGAGCUGGAGAGGCUGCGGCUGAACCGUAAUCAACUACAGCAGCUUCCUGAGUUGCUGUUUCAGAAGAACCCUGCCCUGUCUCGACUAGAUCUGAGUGAGAACUUCAUCCAGUCCAUCCCCAGAAAAGCAUUCAGAGGAGCUACAGACAUCAAAAACCUGCAACUGGAUAAAAACCACAUCAGCUGCAUUGAAGAUGGAGCCUUCAGAGCUCUGAGAGGCUUGGAAGUGCUAACACUGAACAACAACAACAUCAGCAGCAUCCCAGUCUCCAGCUUCAACCACAUGCCCAAACUACGAACCUUUCGUCUCCACUCCAACAAUCUGAACUGUGACUGUCACCUGGCCUGGUUGGCCCAGUGGCUCAGACAGAGGCCUACAAUUGGUCUAUUUACCCAGUGCACUGGCCCUCCUGAGCUCAGGGGACUCAAUGUAGCAGAGGUACAGAAGCACGAAUUCAGCUGCUCAGGUCAUCAGGAGUCUUCCAGCCUGCAGCCGUGCAGCACAGGAGGAGGCUCUUGCCCUGCCAUGUGCACCUGCAGUAACAACAUUGUGGACUGCAGAGGGAAAGGUCUCACCGCCAUCCCAGCCAACCUGCCCGACAGCAUGGCCGAGAUACGUCUGGAACAGAAUGGGAUUAAGUCUGUUCCUCCCGGAGCCUUCUCUCCCUACAAGAAACUGCGUAGGAUAGACCUGAGCAACAACCAGAUCUCAGAGAUAGCUCCUGAUGCCUUCCAGGGCCUGCGUUCCCUCAACUCCCUCGUGCUGUAUGGAAAUAAGAUCACCGACCUGCCCAAGGGAGUGUUUGACGGCCUCUAUGCCCUGCAACUACUGUUGCUGAAUGCCAAUAAGAUUCACUGCGUUCGUGCCAAUGCCUUCCAGGACCUGCAGAAUCUCUCGCUGCUAUCGCUCUAUGAUAACAAGAUCCAAACCCUCGCCAAGGGCACCUUCACUUCACUACGAGCAAUACAGACCCUACACCUGGCCCAGAACCCAUUUAUUUGUGACUGUAAUCUGAAGUGGCUGGCAGACUACCUGCGCUCCAACCCCAUCGAGACCAGCGGCGCCCGCUGUGCCAGCCCUCGCAGGCUUGCAAACAAACGUAUUGGACAGAUCAAGAGCAAGAAAUUCCGCUGCUCCGCCAAAGAGCAGUACUUCAUCCCAGGUACAGAGGACACUCGUCUGAAUAAUGCCUGUAACAGUGACCCAGUGUGUCCUCCCAAGUGCCGCUGUGAGUCGAACGUAGUGGACUGCUCCAACCUGAAACUCACCAAGAUCCCUGAGCACAUCCCUGCAUCCACCACUGAACUCCGCCUUAACAACAAUGAGAUCACCACUCUGGAGGCAACUGGAGUUUUUAAGAACCUCUCCCAGCUGAAGAAAAUUAACCUCAGCAACAACAAGAUCACAGAGAUCGAGGAUGGGGCAUUUGAAGGUGCAUCAUCUGUCAAUGAGCUUCACCUCACAGCCAAUCAGAUAGACUCGGUACGAAGCGGGAUGUUCCGUGGCCUUGAGGGACUGCGUAUGCUGAUGCUGAGGAACAACAAGAUCAGCUGCGUCCACAAUGACAGUUUCACAGGGCUGCACAACGUCCGCCUGCUGUCUCUGUACGACAACCAGCUGACCACAAUCACUCCUGGAGCCUUUGACACUCUGCAGACCCUCUCCACCCUAAACCUCUUGGCCAACUCCUUCAACUGUGACUGUCGGCUGGCGUGGCUCGGUGAUUGGCUGAGGAGCAGGAAGAUUGUAACGGGCAACCCUCGCUGCCAGCGCCCCGCCUUCCUGAAGGAGAUCCCUCUACAGGAUGUGGCACUACCUGACUUCCGCUGCGAGGAGGGCCAAGAGGAGUCAAGCUGUGUGCCCAGACCUCAGUGUCCCAGUGAAUGUACUUGCCUGGAGACUGUGGUGCGCUGCAGUAACAAGCACCUCCACACACUGCCCAAAGGCAUCCCCAGAAAUGUGACUGAACUAUAUCUGGAUGGAAACCAAUUCAGUGUUGUCCCGAAGGAACUGUCAGCCUUCAAAUACCUACAGUUGGUAGACCUGAGCAACAACAAGAUCAACUCUCUGACCAACUCAUCCUUCGCUAACAUGAGCCAGCUCACCACUUUAAUCCUGAGCUACAACUCCCUGCGUUGUAUCCCCAAAAUGGCCUUCAGUGGACUACAUUCUCUCAGACUGCUGUCUCUACAUGGUAACGAAAUCUCAGAGCUUCCUGAUGGCAUCUUCAACGAUGUGGCCUCACUCUCCCACUUAGCAAUUGGUGCCAACCCCUUGUACUGUGACUGUCGUCUGCGCUGGUUAUCUGACUGGGUGAAGACAGGCUACAAAGAGCCUGGCAUCGCCCGCUGUGCUGGCCCACAGGGCAUGGAGGGCAAACUGCUGCUGACCACACCUGCAAAGAAGUUUGAAUGCACAGGAGAUGUGGACACUGCGGUGCUGGCCAAGUGUAACCCCUGUCUGUCCAGUCCCUGUCUGAACCAAGGCAUCUGUCACAGCGACCUGGUGGAGAUCUACAGGUGCAGCUGUCCGCCAGGGUUCAAGGGCAAGAACUGUGAGACAGCUUUGAAUGCCUGUGUGAGCAACCCAUGUGCCAACGGAGGAACCUGCCAAGUGAAUGAGGAUCAGGAGGGAGAAUACAGUUGCGCGUGUCCACUGGGCUUUGAGGGCCCAACUUGCCAAACAAACAUUGACGACUGCGAAGACAACGACUGUGAGAAUGGAGCAACCUGCAUUGAUGGGGUCAACAACUACACUUGCUUUUGUCCCCCCUAUUACACAGGGGAGAUGUGUGAAGAAAUGGAGGAUGUGUGUGCCCCAGGACGGAGCCCCUGCCAACAUCAGUCUACCUGCCUCAUCACCUCCACUGGACCCAAGUGUGUGUGCGCUCCUGGUUAUGUUGGUGAUGACUGCAGUGUAGACUAUAAUGACUGUGAGGAGCAUCGCUGUCAGAAUGAUGCUCGGUGUGUGGAUGAGCUAAAUGGAUACUCCUGCGCCUGUGUCAAAGGAUACAGUGGUCAGUUGUGUGAGGUUCCCCCAUCUCCACUGUCCCUGUGUGAGCUGGCUGACUGCCAGAACAACGCCCCGUGUGUGGAGCGAGGCGGGCGCGCCCUCUGCCAGUGUCCUCCAGAGUUUGGGGGGCCACGCUGUGAGAAGCUGGUCAGUGUCAACUUCAUUGACAGAGACUCUUACCUACUGCUCUCUGACCUCAAGAACUGGCCACAGGCCAACAUCACCCUACAGGUGUCAACAGCUGAGGAUAAUGGUAUUUUGCUGUACAAUGGAGACAAUGAUCAUAUUGCUGUGGAGCUCUAUCAAGGCCAUGUCAAAGUCAGCUAUGACCCCGGCAGCCAGCCAGGACAUGCCAUCUACAGUACCGAGACUAUCAAUGAUGGCCAGUUCCACACAGUGGAGCUAGUGACCUUUGACCAGAUGGUGAACCUGUCCAUUGACGGGGGUCUCCCUACCACAAUGGACAGCUUUGGGGCGGUGCGGCCCCUCAACGGGGAAGCUCCGCUAUACGUGGGGGGUAGGGGCCCUCUCCAGAACACACCUCCCUCCUCUGCAGGCAUGCCAGUGGAUGUGCACUCAGGUGCUUUCCGUCUCUGGCAGAUCCAGAAUGGUUCCAGUUUCCAUGGCUGUAUACAGAACCUGUACAUCAACAACGAGCUCCAGGACUUCACCAAGACCCAGAUGAAGCCUGGCGUGGUACCGGGCUGCGAGCCCUGCAAGAAGAUCUACUGUGUACAUGGCAUCUGCCAGCCUGAUGGGGUCCAGGGACCAGUGUGCCACUGCCAGCCAGGCUGGAGCGGGCCUCACUGUGACCAGCCUGCUACCAACCCCUGCCAGGGCAGCAAGUGCGUCCAUGGAAAGUGCAUCCCACUGGACACUCAGUCUUACCGCUGUGAGUGUGCGGAGGGUUACCGCGGUGCCCUGUGUAACCAACAGGGGGAGCUGUUCAACCCCUGCCGUCGCCUGUCCUGCAAACACGGUCGCUGCCAGAUCUCAGACACGGGAGAUGCCUACUGUCACUGUGAAAGUGGCUACACUGGGGAACUUUGUGAUGCAGAGUCUGAGUGCCGAGGGGAGCCUGUGCGAGACUACUACCAGGUACAGCGAGGCUAUGCCAUCUGCCAGACAACACGCGUUGUCUCUUGGGUGGAGUGUACUGGAGCUUGUGACACGGGGGCCUGCUGCGCCAGCCAGCGAAUGAAGCGCCGGAAAUACACCUUUGAGUGCAGCGAUGGAACCUCCUUCAGUGAGGAAGUGGAAAAGACCAUCAAGUGCGGCUGCGUGGGCUGCAUGUAGCACCAUUCACUCACAUUUCCUGCCGCUGCUGUAAAGCAGAAGAUAGAAAGGAAGGAAGAAAGGAAGGAAGAGAGAGGACUGGAGGAGAGCGAGGGAGGGAAAGAAAGAGAGAGAGAGAUUAUAAAGAAUAUAUAUAAAACCUCUAUCUAUAUAUUAUGGACAACAAUGUUUGUAAAAUAGGACAUUUCCUCCCCUUCCAAGGGUGUGUGACCUACAGUAACACAGAGAAUCCAACAUCAUGAGCAACAAUGUAGAAGUGAAAACAACGGCAACAAAACCAUUGUAUCUGCAACAUUGUUCAAGGGGUCCAGAGAGACAGGUGUUGCAUUCAGAGUGAGGCAUCCCUCCAACCCAAUUUACCCAGUGUGAAUCCCCCAUUCAUCUGUGAGGCCUCUGACAGCCUAGCCACCAUCUACAAUCUUUACUAUGUGGAGGCAGUGAGGACAGUGGGGUCUAGCCUGGCUAAGAAUGGCAGAAGAAAGGCAGAGAAAGACAAAAAGAGAGAAACAGAGGGAUACAAGGAGAGCCGGACCAUUUGACUUGGCAAAGCUAUCUUGAGUUGAGCUUGGCUGGGUUACCUGGACUGGGCUGGAUGUGGUUUGGGUUAAGUUAAAGUUGUUGUUGUUGGUUUGGUGUAGGAAUUCCUCUGCCAGGAUACAGCCAUCCAUCCACAAAUGCACAUGUAGAAGUGAACAAAGAAAAAGGUAGAGUUAGAGCGGCACAUAAUCCAGUGCAGGUGUCGUGGCUUCAAGGCCAGAUGGUCUGGUGUCACAGUUUUUUGCUGUGAGGUACCGCAACAUAGAAAAUCCAUAAAAAAUAGAGACUGCACUGACUAGCAGCACUGAAAAUGACAGUCAUACACCUCUCUGAAGUAUAUGAUCACACAUGCAUGGCAUACAUACAUUUACACACAGUCUUCCCACUUGUACAAGUGAGAGGGCUUGUGUGGUGCAACUAUCUAUUCUGUUCGUACAGCAAACCAAUCUGGCGCUGGCAGUGCCCAGCGGUAAUCAGUCACCCAGCAUGCAUUGCCUCAGGGCUAGGAUGAUUUGCAUAAUCCCACCCCUUUUGAGCAAGAAGCCAUUUAGCCUGGCUCCUCUUGAUGCUUGCAGUAUUAAACUUGUGCAAACUGUUGCAUGUGUGGAGAAGAGUUUGCCAACAAAUAUGUAGAGCUUCUUAAUAUCAUUAUAAAUGUUAUUACAAAACAAAAGGUUGCAGAAUCAUCUUCUGAAUUUUGUUUUGUUUUGUCUAAUUUCUCAUAUUGAUUUGUUUUUAUUUUUGUUAUAUUUUGUUAUAUUUUGUUUCAUGAUGCAACCUAACUCCUUUAGCUGCCCCCCAUCCCUCCCCGACAACCCUUUAUAUAGAAAUGCCUAACAGAUUCUAAUAUAUAUAUAUUUGUAUUUCAUUUUGGUAUAGUAUUUUUCUAUGUUAAAGACUAAGUCUGUUUCUGGAAGCUUUGGGACCGGUGGAAAGGCAUUUAGUUGGUUCCCUAGGUGUUUUUAUUUGUUGAUCUCACUUGCUCCAACAAGGUAAUUAAUUACGUUAAUUGGCCAAAAAUACAGCAGCAGGUUGGCCUUGUUGUAUAGGAGGCAGUAUUGGUCUAGAAAUAUGUUUAAUAUUGUAUAUGUUGUCUUCCAUGUGAAUAUUACAUCUAAUUCAUGAGAGUCUGUGCUUGUUUUUAUUUAUUUUAUCUAAAGGUGUUUUCCUGUAGAAAGUGAAAGGCAUCAAUGUUGCUGACUUUCAAAUAUUUUCAAAAAUUUCAAAAAGAUGAAAAAAGGUAAAAUAAUGAAUAAAAAAGCAUAAAAAUCUGUAAGGUAUUUGUAACACCACUUAAUGGCGAGUUACGGCAGUGUUUUCCUCCUCUCUGGCUCACACAUUCCUCAUUUGCUUCAGGAGCUGGGAUUAAGAGAUGUCCCCUGCAAAUUUUACCUUGUAAUUACCAUACCACACUUAAAGGCUUCUGAUUGUUUUCAUGUUCAUUUUGUUGAUGUGCUGGGUUGUAUUUCUGUCAUUUUAAUUUGAGAGAUGUUUGCCAUAGAAAGAAGGUGUUUUUUUAGUUCAACAGAGUUAAAGUAGUCAAGCUCAACUGAUCAUAAGCUGCUGUCAAGCCAGAAGAAACAGGAUGAAGUUGCCUCUGUGGACAAUAAUCAUGUUAAGGUAUAUCAUCCUAAAUCUGUUGGAAUAGGCAAUUGUGUGAAGCAUUACAUGCCUACUACUGACAGAUAAUAAAUGAGAAAGGUCUGGACAUUUCGAUGUCUGUCAGUUCUGGCUCGCUAUCCACACACACACAAAAAAAGAAGAAAUGGUGCCAAUUACGGUGAACACAACAGUCAUACCUGAAUGUAUAAAUGUGUAUAGAUAAAUAUGACCUAUGCUUACUCAUGAAGUGGUAACUUUUAGCUGUUAUUUAGUUUCCAAUGUAAGAUAUAGAAAUCACAAACUGUUGAAUAAGUGACAGUCCAUCAGGAUGGCUUAUGGCAUUGUUCUCCCUGCACAUUGGGAUUGUGUUUAUCCAUUUUGCUGAUCUAAAUGUUAAAAGUCUCUUUAUAGUGUGAAAGGCUGCAGACUCAGAUCUCAGCUCGGUACAAUGCCACAUCACAGAGCUCCCAUUCAUAUUGCUACCCAUGUUAACUUUGUUUUACAUGCUGUUGAUGUGAUCCCAGUGGUGUACAAUAACAUUAAAAGAAGAUCUUAUAAAGGAUACUGAUGAACAGUCACUGUAAUUUUUAGGCUUUGUGCCUCAUAAAGGUGCAUAUUUAGUCGAAUGUGGCUUUCUUUUCAUGUCUCCUUUCCUUCCUCUGCACUGAUCUGUACUGGACUGGUGCAUUCAACUUCCUGGUAGACAUCUUAGUGGUGCUUGUGCUAUAUUGAGAUGUAAUUCAGUUGUCUGGUCACAUGACCAGAAACACAGAUUUUCCAUCAUAUGAGCUAUAUACAUAAAUAUGUUAUUGUAAACAACACAAUGUCUCUGUUGUAUUGAACUGGUGCAAAAACUUAAGAAAUAUCCCUGACUGGGUUCUGUCUGUUUGCUUUUUUGUUUCAGGAUUGAUGGUGGGAUUGAACUGAAAAACUCCCAAAUAAUGCUGAAUGUAUGUAGUGCCACCGACAAAAUGUUUACCAAACCUCCACUCUUUUCAUUAAUUAAACUUAAAUGUGUGUGCUUUUAA